AUGAACUAUCCGUGCUGUGACGAAUGCGAAGCUGAAUUCCACGACGACUACGGAACGGAAAGUGACCUAUACGAAUCGUCUGAUAGGGAGGACGAAACGGAGACCGAAAGUGAAUAUGAAGAAUCCACCGACAUUGAUGGAGCUGAGACCGACACCGGCGGUGAAGGUGACAGCGACAAUGCACAAGAUGACGACGAUUUCUACGAUGAACCACAAAACGCUAAUAAUAAUGAGUAA